UGCAAAAUAGGAAAAAUGUCGGAAAAAUGGUCGAUGAUAAAAAUAUGCACAUAGCCUGUCAUUGAGUUUAUUCAUCCUAAAGUUGUCAAUCUAUUACAACUGACACAAGGCAACGAAAAGAUAAAGCAGCAUGUCGACCGACGCGAAUCGCCCUGCUGUCCCCGUUGACAGUGGCUGGCAGGGUCACGAGCAACCGCAAGUGGAGCUAAGAAGAUCAUAUGUAAGAACUAUACAUUCAUCUAACUUUUACUUCAUCUCCUAAUAUAUAAAAGUCUAACUUUUACUUCACUCUGAGGUUACUUACAUUGUUGGAGGUGAGGACGAUAGUAGUUCUAUUUAUAUGAAGUAGACCUAAGUGAAAAAACUAAGCUAAAAAAUCGAUACUUAUUACUUAGGCUCUCCUUUGGAGGUACCUUUGUAUUGAGUGGCCUCACAACAAGUAGAUAUCAAAUGCUACAUAAGAGGUUCCAUGACAUGAGACAUAUGACAAAGGUAAGUAGUAGGAAGUAGUCCAGCACAUCUUUGACGCUUUCCCCAGAUGAAACUUCCUCGUGGUCGCAUCCACGCCGUCCCUUCCGGUCAAGUCGAGUAUGAUGAGUUCGGCAACGUUUCAACCGGCAUUGCCUUUGUCCGUGGACCUGACUCGCAUUUAACGGGUGCUCGCACUGUGCCGUUUUUGCGCACAGAAGAAACCACUAGACCUGGCGCGAACCAAGCUCUUGGACCAAGUGCAAGACAAGUCGGAUCGAAACUCUACCAAAACGAGUGGGUCUUUCGUGCUCCGGAAGAACCAGGAUCGCACUUUGCGGAUGACUAUGAGAAAGCGGUAGAUGAGAAAUUGGGAGUGAUUUAUAUCCAGAAAGCAAAACAAAAAAGCCGCAUGAAGUUUGCUGAUCAAAGACUAGAAGCAGCAAGACGUGAAAUAUUACGGAAAGACGCUCUGGCAAAUGAAACGUUUGACGUGAAUAGGCCGUACUUGUGCUUCCUGAGUUUUUUAUAGUUAUAAAAUGCUACAUAGGAGGUUCGAAGUUUAUAUAGUUUUCUUAUAGUUAUAAAAGCACUAAAUAAAACAACCGGUUCGUUUUUACCUCUAGCGUGUAGCCCUUUCAACAAUAUAGUUAUAAAAUGUUCCGGUGCUUCUAGCGAUUGAUAUUGUAGAAAAAACAUCCUUCGACCACCAGGCAAUGGUACGACUCGUAUAGUGGACAGCCUCUAGUACAACGGCACGGGAAAAUGAUAAUAGCAGAGGAACAUGACACUGGCUAUGACGUGGAUCCGCUUGCCGGCGUCUUCGACUUCGACAACUUUAGGAUAGCAUGGCCGUUCUCUAAACCGGAAAGAAACAAAAUGAUCACACAAGGGAUCUAUGAUUGGUACUGUUUAAUUUUUUUGAAGGGAGUAAGUUUUUCAAUAGCUGUUUCAAGAACCAACCGAGACAUGAUCUGUCUUCGUAGUAGUAAACACUAGACUCCUCCUCGUUUUUAGACUUAGACAUCUUCUGUCUUCAUGCAUGCUAAACACACUAGACUCCUCGUUAGACUUAGAACAUGGACUUGUUGUGCUUGCCCCCUUGUAUUAUCUUAACGGAACAUGUUGUCCCUUUUGUCCCUUCACCCACCUCCUCUCAAAAGGUACGACCGCGGCAACCCUUAUAUUCAAAAGGAUGAGGACGUUAGGAUCAGAGAACUUGCGACUUCGUAUAUCGACGCAACAGAAAGCGAACAAGGGAACGUGGUGCUGAACACACUAGAUGAUGUCAUCGAUGCGCUGAGACCUAUAUAGAGUCAUUUGAAAUGAGAUGGGAUUCUACUUUCAUCUUCAGAAUGUCAGAAUGGAGGUGGCGGGCGUGUUUUUGCAUAGAGCCAGUACAACUAGAACUCUUAGUCUAAGUACUAGAAAUAUACUGAUAUUAUGGAAGAUAAGGAUUUACCAGUCAAUUUUGCUUUUUUUCUGAAACUUUUGAUAAUUUUGUUGGUUGACCUAUUUUUCGCUACCCCAUCAGGUCCUGUGUAUAGGAAGACCCGCCUAAUCAUAGCAUUGACGUGAGAUUCAGCAUUGCGAUGGCGCCACCAUCAGAUCGUCUCGAAGACAGACUACCUUGACCGACGUAGAAUUUUCUGCUACCUUGAACAGGCGACUAUAUUUAACUGUUUUGCAAGUACUGUUUGUCUGUUUGGAAAGACUUUUU